AUGAAAAGUUCCCAUCAAAACAAAAACCAAUAAAGUAUUCUCUCUUUUCUAACUUUUUAGCUAAUUCUCCAGUAUAAUUCAUAUAUGGCAAAAAACUAGUUAAAAAUACUUAUCAUUAUGCUCUUAAAUAGUUAGGAUAACCUAUCUCUUAAAUAUCUUGGUAAUCAUUAACUAGUUUCAAAAAAGAAUCCAACUAUUUAAUACGGUAAUAUAUUUUUAUUAUUAAAUAUUAUAUAGAUACUUUGAAACAACAUAUAGCUACUUAUUCUAUAAUCAAAAGAUUUCAAAAUCAUAAAAUGGUAUUCGUGUUCAUAUUAAAACAAGUUUUUGUUAAGUUUAUAUUCCUAAAAUCAAUUAUUCAAGAAAUCAAUAAAUUUAAGAUCAAAAAUGGAAAUUAUAAAAUAUUUCAAAUUAAAUAUUUUCAACUUAAUUUAUUAGAAAUUAAUAAAUAAAAGAUGUAGAAAUAGCUAUUAAAGAUUCAAAAUUAGAAUAAAAUGAUGUAGUAGUUUAAAUUACUCACUUACCCCCUUUUCUUGGAGAACAAUAUAGCAAAUAAAAGAUAAUUUCAACCUAAUCAUUUACUAAUUUUCAAUAAAUUAUUAAUAAAGAUAGACAAAUUGAUGGAGAUAUUAAAUUGUUAAUGUCAUUUGAAAAGUCUUAAAAAAUGAAGUCUAAUGAAAUAUAAAAAAUGUAAUAGAUUGAAUUUUAAAAUGAGUAAACAGCAUAAGAAGAUUAAAUAAUUUAACAUAAUUAAAUUUUUAAUUAAAUCAAUAAUAAGCUUUCAAAAAAAAAUACAAAAAAAACAGAUUCAAAUGAAAAGAAUAAUUCAUUAAUAAGAUAAUAAUAACUAAAAAUUAAAAGAAAAAUUGACCUCUAAAAAAGAAUAAUUAAUAAAAAAUAUUUAAACAAAUCUUUUGAUUUACAAAAAAAGAAAAAGUCAAAUUCAUCAUAUGAUGAAAUCAUGUCUAUCGAAAAUGAUAGUAAGUCAUUAAAAAUUGAAAUACAAAGUUUGCAUGAAGAUUUUGAUAAAAAAUAAGAAGUUUUUCAUUUAGAUACCAAUAGUUAAAAAUAGCUGAAUUAAAACUCGAAGAAAAAUAGUCAUUCAUUUUUAAGAUAAUCUUAAAUAAACAAUAAAAAUUAAAUAUAAAAAAAAGUAAAUGGUAGGGCAGUGAAAACAGCAAACUUUUUAUCAGUUUAAAAUAUAAAUCAUCAAACAUUAAUAUAAUCGAUGAAUGAUAAUAAUUGUAAUAACGAUAAAAAUAAAAAUGAAAUAAAUACGAUCAAAUUUGAUGAUAUCUAAUACUAAUCUAAUGAAAUUACUAAUAAUUAUAAGACUAAUAAUACAACUAAUAAAUUAAAAAUAAUUAUAAAAAAUAAUAAUUCAAGUUUAUAAAAUAAUGAAAUUAAAAUGUAAUUAAAUCAAACUAAUAAUUAUUUGUAAGAAAAGAAAAUAGAAAAGGAAGAUUUAUAAGAUUAAAUUGUAAAUGAGAAAAAGAAAGAAAAUGAAGAUUUAAAAGAAAUGAUAUUCAAAGAAGCAUAGUAAUAAACCAAAAAAAAUAAAAAUCAGUAAAUGUAACAAGAGAUAUAUAAACUUCAUUUUGAUAGCAUGAGUUAAAUUAAGCCAAGUAGAUGUAGUAUAUCAAUUAUUCCAAAAUUAAAAGAUGCCUAAAUUUAAGUUUAUGUAAUUGAAACUAAUGAAUCAGAUAGGAUACAGUAUGAUUCAGAUCUAAAUAGAGUGAUAAUACCAACGAUGAUUAUUGUCACAAUUAAAUCACAUUUAUUAAUGAAUGAGCAUUUAUUUUUUUAAUGUCUUUACAUAAAUGGCAAAGAAUAUUUUGUAGAAUAUGAUGAAUUGAAAUCCUAUAACCCUUUAGAACUUUUAGAUUAUAUGAUAUAUAAUUCUAUAUUAAUCUGA